AGCAACUCCAAUUUCCGGCGAGGCUGAUGACGGUGGCUCUUUUCCCUCUACCCUCCGUUCCUGUCUGCUGAGGAACUACUCGGCGACGCACAUCAACGGCCCUUACCUACCUUCGCAACCGUCGGCUUCAGCUCCACGCGCGCAUCCACUUCUCACAACGUCCUAUACCUGCAGUUCAAAAUAUCAGGAAACAUUUUCUCGCAACCAUGUCCUCCGAAAACAUCAAACCGGUCCAGCAGGACAAGCAGGAAGUAGCUCAACUCUGUGAGAGUUUGGAGGAGGCCAGGAAGAGAGGAAAGGCCGAAAGCAAGAGGACAUUCACCUGCAGGAAAUCGACAUUCGAUGUGGCCAAUACCGACGGCAUCAAGGUGAACUCCUGGAAGUUCAUGGACUGGGAUUAUCGACUCCCUAACCUCCCAACUUACGCUCGAGGACUGUUUACCACUCAGAGAAAAGAUGGCACGCAUGAAAUCGCGGUUCGAGGAUAUGACAAGUUCUUUAAUAUCGAGGAAGUUAAUGCGACUAAGUGGCGAAAUAUCGAGAUGAACACGCGGGGACCUUACGAGCUCAGCGUGAAAGAGAAUGGAUGCAUCAUCUUCAUUUCUGGGCUCGAAGACGGAACCCUCUUGGUCUGCAGUAAACACUCGACGGGAGUUCGAAAUGACACGGAAGUGAGCCAUGCUCAAGCCGGUGAACGUUGGGUGGAAAAGCAUGUCAAGUCUGUUGGUAAAACAGUCAAGGAUCUAGCACUAGAGCUGCGCAGACUUAAUGUGACGGCAGUAGGUGAGCUCUGUGACGAUACCUUUGAAGAGCACGUGCUUGCCUACGACGAGACGGCAUCAGGUAUCUAUCUCCAUGGUCUCAACUUCAACGUUCCAAAAUUUGCGACGUGUUCCAGCGCAGAGGUCCACGCAUUCGCCGACUCGUGGGGCUUCAAGAAGGCCAAUUUCGUUGUUUAUGACGACCUCGAUCAAGUCAAAAAGUUCCUUGAGGAAUGCGCUGAGACUGGUACAUGGGAUGGUCGCGAGACCGAAGGAUUCGUGAUUCGCUGCCAGAUGGGUGAAGGUGGCCGUCCUCCCUACCACGAUUGGUUCUUCAAGUACAAGUUUGAGGAACCUUACUUGAUGUACAGGCAGUGGCGCGAGUGCACCAAAGCAAUCAUCGCUGGAAAAUAUCCCAACAUCAAGAAACACAAGAAAAUCACGGAGCAGUAUUUGCAGUAUGCUCGCAGGCAGCUCGCACAAAAUCCGCGCCUGGGAGAGCAGUACAACAAGAACCACGGGAUUAUUGCUAUGCGGGAAGGGUUUCUCAAGGAACGCGGAUUGAACGGCUCUGAAAUCAUCCAGAUGGAAACCGAAGGUUCAAAGGAAGAAGUAACAAGAGACGUUGUCUUGGUCCCUGUAGCUUCCUUGGGAUGCGGAAAGACCACCGUAGGUCUUGCUUUGGUCAAACUGUUCAACUGGGGUCAAGUGCAGAACGACAACAUCCCGAAGCAGAAGAACAAGCCAAAGAAAUUCGCCAUGGAUAUCAACAAGCUGCUUGCCAUACAUCCCGUGGUGGUCGCUGACCGUAACAACCACCAAAAGCGCGAAAGAGAGCAGCUGAUCCAGGAUGUCUCUGCCGGUGUUCCUAGAGCUCGGUUCGUCGCUCUUCACUACGUCCACGACCCGAAGCAAGAGAUGCUCCCGGGCAUUCGAGAGGUCACCAGAAAGCGAGUUCUUGACCGUGGCGACAACCACCAGACGAUCCGCGCGGGCAGCAAGGACACAGAAGAGAUCUUGGGAAUCAUGGAGGGCUUCCUCACUCGCUUCGAGGGAGUGAAUACUGAGCGUGUACCAGACUCGGACUUCGACGAGGUCAUUGAUCUGGAUGUUGCAGCCUCAUCACGAGAGAAUCUUGAGACGGUGGUGAAAGCCCUACACUCCGCCUACCCUAAACUGGUGCCGGAAAUGCCCAGCGCACAGCAGCUCGACGAUGCAAUUCACUGGGCAAUGAACGACUAUCAGGUCGAGCUCGAUCUCAGCUAUGGGUAUAGCUCAGCCAAACAGGUUCAGAAACAGAAGAACAAGAGCAGCAAAACCAGCACGCCUGAUACCGCGGUAGCCCCGAGCCCUGAAGACUUGGCUAAGAAGCUCGAGUACUUCUGCAUCAGUCUUCCGACGAGCGAGAUCACGAAUCUCUUGCAGACGCUGUUUCCCCCAUCUACAGACCCCGAGCGAGCCCGCAUCUACCACCAGCUAUCGGGGUCGCGUCGCAUCCAGCCGGCCUUCCACGUUACAUUGAUCCACCGCGCAUCGAAGAAAGACAGCCCUGAAAUCUGGGAUGUAUACACCCGUCAAUACCUUGAGAAGAUGAAGAGUAAGCCUGAAUACGACCUCACCAUCACACCCAUGCUGGCUCCUGCGCGCGUGCGCCUCGAGCGUCUCAUCUGGGACAAUCGUAUCAUGGCCUUUGUGGCGCGCAUCCUACCCCCCGAAGACGGGAGCCAGGGCGAGUGGCCGUGCGCCAACGAGACCCCUCACGUCACGGUGGGCACCGUUUCUCAGGAGGUUAAACCAAAGGAGAGCAACGAUCUCAUCCGGCGGUGGCACGAAGUUGGGUCCGGCGGCGACACCGGGAUCUGGGAAGCGGAGAUCCCAGGCGUCAAGAUCGUCAAUGGCUCGGUGGGGAUGGUGAUGAGCCGGGGGAAGUGAGAUGCACGAGUUCGAGGAGGGCGAAUCGCGAAGGUACCAACCAGUAGUUGAUACAUGUAUUGCAGUGAUGAGACUCAAGACUCAGACAUAAUCAUAAA